AUGAUUUUUGUGCCUCCCAGCAUCCGGUCCCUUACUGGUGUCCGGCUAUAUGCUCAACAAUUUAGGGCUUGUCUAGUAAAGCGUCUGCAUUUCGUGCAACGCAGUAGACGGGGUUGGUUCCUGGAGAUAAUUUUACCUGCCUUAACCGUCCUUCUCGUUAUGUUGGUGACCUCGGGGUUUCUUGUUGCCAACGAUCAGCCCGAAAUGCCUAUUAAUUCCUGGCUCAUGGCUGACAUAUUGAAUCCACUCAAACUGGCGACAUUCUUUGCAACUAAUGUCUGGGCGGAAAAAUUUAACGGGCGGAAUGACAGCAACGCGAGCCAAUCUGCAGUCUCAGAUACACGCAAUGUUUCUGAACACUACGCUGACCACAUGCUCACCCGAACCGGUUGGUCCGGCGCCAAGUGUCUGCCCCCUGACGUGUAUGAAAUCGUACCCUCCAAAUUUGCGGGCUGUUCAGACUCUUUUCGCCCACCGAGUCAUGGUGAAUUUAGCCUGAAUGAGGCUCAGUUAAGCGCAGUCCAGGCCUCGGCUAACCGCACUUGUUCCUGUAACAGCGAUGGCCGUUUUCUGUGUGACCUGGGGACGCGAGUCGCCGACAUCCUGAAUCAGACCUUUGCUGACGCCCGUAUCACCGCGUUGGGGCUGGAUAUAGCCGAGAUUCUGCGCCUGAACCUCCCACCCACACAUUUUGCUCGCAUUUGGUACUACAACAAGGGCUAUCCUGCAAGCGUUGCCUAUCUGAACCUUCUACACAACCUCCAACUCCGUAUGUUGCUUCCUGAAAACAUUGUCAGUAAAAAGCCAGGAGCCGAUUGUUCUGAUUUUGCAAUCCUUGCAUCUACACAACCAAUGUCGCCAGGCAGGGUCAAAUCGAAGGCUGUAAUGAUGCUUGAAAUGUCAAAAUCGAUCGGCAGUGUCCUCGCACUGUCCUAUGUGCCCGCUAGCUUCGUUGUCUUUCUCAUUCGUGAGCGUUGUGUGGGCUCAAAGAGUCUGCAAUUCAUGUCAGGUCUGAAUCGUAGCAUAUACUGGCUCUCAACCUACCUGUGGGAUGUUUGCAACUUCCUUGUCCCCAUGACCAUAAUUACUUGCAUAUUUCUCGCCUUUCACGAAGAGGCCUACGUGGGCGCGGAGAGUGUGGGUGGUUUCAUUGCACUGAUAGUUAUGUAUGGUGUCUGCAACAUCCCCCUGGUGUACCUCUUUACCUUCGUCUUCCGCGUGCCAAGUCUGGCCUUUGUGGUCCUGCUGGCAACGAAUCUCAUGAUUGCAGUGAUCACCUCCAUGACUGUUUUCUUCCUGGACAUGGUGCAAUCUGACGACCCCUCGUUGAAGCCGGUUAACGAGGUCCUGAAGGAGGUCUUCCUCAUCUUCCCGCAGUACGCACUUGCCAGGGGCUUCUACGACAUGUCUCUGAGGCAUGCGAUUCGGAGUCUACAGCUGGAAAAGUUCUUUAAUACGCAACUCUUCAGUUGGGGCCUGCUCGGCGGAAAGAUCACCAUUCUGCUGACGGAGGCCGUCAUCUUCGUUGGGGCCGUGCUUCUCAUUGAGUACAAGUCUGCAAGCUGUCGCUGUUGUGGACGAAAGAAGUAUGCCACCGCCUCCUCCGUGGAAGCGUGGAUGGAUGAGGGUGUGAUGGAAGAGUGCGGCUUUGCCAGCGCUCUGAAUAUGGUCGUCAAAGUCUCUUCCGCGCAGCUCCAGGAUGUGCACGCUAGAGCCUUGAGGACCUUGGUGCAGCGGCUUACUUUGCCUGCGACCUCCCUGGCACGGUCCGGCCAGAUAAAGGACACUGCAUUAAAUAAGCGUAUAGGAAUGAAAAACGGUUAG